AUGAAGAUUCAAUGGAAAAAUUCAACAAUUGGCAUGCUUCGUAGUUUAAUAUUCGAUAAAUCACUCAAACGACUCAUCGAACUUGAAUUAACUAAUGAUGAUACAACGAGCAUAUGUCCGAACGUGCGACAAUUGAUAGUCAACAUACCUUGUACGAAUCUUCCUAAUACUUAUACACUUACAAUUCUACAUGAAGAUAAUCUUUCUUGUGAUGAGUGUAUUCAGUUUCGUCGACUUAAUCAUUUGACAACGCGUCAUAUUCAUACAUUGACAUUAUUUGAAAUAAAUGAUUUAUUGACUCAUUCAAUUAUUUAUUCUAAUAUUCAAAAUUUGAUUCUUAAAAUGAAUAAAGUCGAUUCGCUAACCAGUGUCCGAUCUCUUGUACAACAUUUUCCAAAUCUUCAUUCAUUCAAAAUUUAUCUUCCAUCGAAUGAUGAAUAUUAUGAUAGUCUUAAUCUUAUACUCGACCGUGAACAUUUACCUUAUUUAUCAUUACUUAAAACAAAUUGGAUCAGUAAGGAUACAUCGGAUAUACGAAUAUGGAUUAGUGCUAAUACACCAUUGAGAUAG